UCACUGCUGCCACUUACCGGAAGUGACGUCCUUCCGACGUCUAUAUACAGCACGUCUAUGGUAAACGGGCUUGUUUAUAGGAGGUUGCCAUGCGGUUUAAGUCUCGGUACUUCCUGUGUGAGCUGGUGCUGGAGGACCCCCGCCGGAGGCAGAACCUGUCGCAGGGCACGGUGCUGUACAAUGUGAAGGAGGCAGUGGCUCGCCUGCAUGGCGACUUCGGGGCUGCGGCUGCAUCUAUAGCCCUCACAGUGAAAUACCUUAAUGCAUACACUGGCAUAAUCCUCCUUCGAUGCCGGAAAGAUUACCACCAGUUCCUAUGGUCAUCCCUUCCUUUUAUCACCAGCCUAGAGAACAGAGGUCAGCGGUAUCCUUGUUUAAUAAACACAUUACAUGUUGCAGGCACUAUACGUUCAUGUCAGAAAUUCCUUAUCCAAUACAACAGACAACAGUUGAAUAGAUUAUUAAAAAACUGUACCACUCCUAGUGAGAAGGAAGCGAUCCGUAAGUCUAUAGCCAGCUGUUCCUUACAAAAUGUGGAAGAGCCAGAGUAUGAAGAGAUGGAGUAACUGAUUGAUUUGCCAAAUGACAAUGCAGGUGGAUACUAAGGUUCAGUUAGGUUUUCUAUGGUGUGUUAACAGGCUGCUUAUUCACAGUACAAAUGUUGGACAUUAAGUUUAUUGUAGCAAACAGAUUACUUGUUUUAUAUACUUAUGAAAUAUAUUUUGUAUACAAGAAUAAACCUUUUGAAUGGAUCACUAUUCA